AUGAGUAAGUUUCCGUCAUCAGAGGGCUGUCCUUUGAAGGGGAGGAGCUCUGGUCCUCCCGAUGUAUACCCUCAGAAGCCAAAUCAGCUUGAAGAUGCUUUGACGGAACAAUUGGUCAAAGAUGGGUUUAAAUAUCAUAGACCUGUUGCUGAUGAAUACAAAUCAGGAAGGAGCAACAGCGCGCCUCAGGAUCUGGACACCGCUUGGGACUUAUACUACAAUAUCCUUCUCGUCAAGGCCCAAACGGCCCCUCCCUUCGAACCAGAUAACUCACAAAUUCAGGUUGAAGGAUACUCAGGAAUGGACAAGGAUUGGGGUCAGCUCAAAGACUGGCUUUUGGAUCUUUCAGGAGCCAAUUGUAAUAGAAGAAGCACCGUUUUUCACGCUAGCAAGGAGAGGAUUCUGUCACAACUAGUCUCUUGCCGCUUCCCCCUGUCGCAUUCGCUGCGUCUAAUUAACAAGCUUAUUAUUCACACCACUGCACCGCUGGAAAAUUUAAAGAAAAAACAAAAGCUUGAUCCCACUAUGGAAUGGACUGAGGAACUUCUGCGAAUGCUGGAUGAGCUCUUUUCCGGUGAUCUCUCGACUAUUUCUCCUAGUAAAUAUGACUGCAUGUGUGCUGAAUGGGAUUACCUUUUUAAUCUCUUAACCACCCUUUAUGACAAUGAUUUGGUCGAGCAUUGGGAUGUGCUCAAAUGGCUUGCGUCAAAACUGGACCACUUGUACGAUAACUCCCUGAGACUCAUGUCGCAAGACUCUUCCUCCUUUUGCUCGCACCACGAACGAUCACAAGCAGCAAAGUGUGAUCCUCUUCGUUGCCUUAAGUUCAUUCUUCCCUAUUUCCAACGUUUCUGCCCCCGAUUUACUGAAAGCGAGCUUCUGGCUCGUCGUAUUCUCUACUGGGCCUGCUCUGCCUUCUCAGAAUUGCUUCGUGCCUGUGCUCUUCGAUCUAACUCGGCUGUAUUGACCUUUACUAAACCAGAGGACUACAUCGAUUUCUUCGUUUGUUCACAUCAUCGUCCCCUUCUGCUUUCUACCUCCAGCAUAAUCAUUGCACUAACACUUCACUGUCCCUCAGCAGCGGUGUGGAAUAAAAUCACUUCUGAAACUACUUAUACUUAUCUAACCGGGUCACCACUCGACCUGCUCCCUUGUCCCCUUUCCUGUCUUCCUAUUUACCCUGGGUCGGAGGCUUCUGACAUUCGAAAGUGUCUGGUGGAAACUGAGGCCGUCCUUCUGGAACGCGGCAGAUUGGCUGAAAGUGGAUGGUACUUGUUUCCUUCGCGAACAAUCACUUCUGAGGAAUGUACAAAUGAAACGAAUACGGAAAUGUUUGUUCGUGUCUUGGACGAACUGGACUCGCAUGACUUUAACCAGAGCAUGGAAACACAUCCUAUCGACAGCCUCUUUAAGAAACUUUUCCACUCCGAACACCUUGAGUCGUCACAAGCAGUCACUGCAUUAGUCACUUUUCUUUGCAAGUGGGCUGUCUCGCCCUCACGCACUGGCAUUCAUCGUUCCAUCAUUCUGGCUUGCCUUCUUGACUACCUCUACUCCAAAUUGCCAGCCUUUAAUUUCCAAAACUGCUUCCUCGCAUUCCUCGACGCUUACGCUCCUUCCAGUCCAAAUGUCGACGGACCUGGUUUUCGUUCCCUCGUCUGCCUCUUUGCUGAACUCAUUGACCGAGGUCUUUUCAAUCACGAUGCUUUUGUGCGGACUUAUAUCGCUCGAGGUGUCUUUGACAGCUCAUUUCAUCCCCUUGCUAACGCUGAUUCGGUUCCUCUCUCUCUCACCUCUUCAUCUGCCCUUCCUCCACCGACCACUACAGCCGUCCUCCAUCCUUCUUCUCUAAGUAACAACUUCUCAGUGCAAUCAGAGAUAUCCGAGGAAAACGAUCGUAAUAGUGUGGACAACCCUGACUCCGUGCGUUCCGAUCUCGGCGGUGGUUUGCCUCAGCGGCACUCCUGUGAUCUUAACCGUCACCUGCAGUAUCUUAUCCACUUUCCAUUACCCCAGGACGAUUCUUACGCACACGAACAAAAUCAACGAGCUCAGCUGCUUUAUGGAAGCAGUGCUAGAGCCCAUUCAAGAGCGCGAGAAACCCCUCGAAAGGUGUCUCGAGACAUUGUCAAGCUCUUUACGAGGAGUGCGCAUCGUCUUGACGUGGUGCAUGGGGAGUUGGGGAAGAGGAAGAAGAAUAAGGAGAGGGUAGCAGAUGUUAACGCCACACCAAACGGGGCUCAGCGUGGUAGCAGUGGUUCCAAAGAAACGCGGUCAUUGGAAGAACUGCUUGAAGCAAUAUCAACACGAUUUCGUAAUCUUAACUACUAUGACAUGGAGUAUGUAAUAUCCAAAAGCAUGCCUGCAUACCUGCGAUCACUGUCAGGCACCACCUCCACUAGUACUACCGUUACAAGUGGCAGUGGUGACCCUCUUGCUGCCGACUCUGGCGGAAUCGCUGCGUCGUCACCUUCCGCUCCUAAUUCAAGUCGAGAUCACAUCUAUUAUCCGGCUCAUAACAGCAUCUUUCUCUUCUUGGAGUUGAUUGAAAUCUCGCUCAACAUCCUUACUCUCUUAGAUACGGUUGUGGAAACACUGGAACGCCUUCAGGCCUCAUCUCUCUCGGCUCCAUACCCUUGCAUGAGCUCGUACCUCUCCCUCAUCUGGCUGCGUGCUAUUGGCAUCCUUCGUGCCCAUCAAGCGGUUCUGAUAACUCAGCCGAGCCUACAACAGCGAAUUCUUACUUGCCUGCGUGAGCAACUUCGUCGAGGCACACAGGAGAAACUUCAGAGCAAACGGUGCAUUUUUGAGUACUUAAAAAGCCUUUACCACUCCAGUGCCUAUGUAAAACGCCAUUUCCCUACCUCUCUAUCCCUUUCUGCCUCUGAGUUGUCUCAACAUCAAAUUACAAUGAAUUCGCAAACCUUGGAAAUUCUGCGAAGACUGCAAGCUUAUUCAGAUGAUUGUAAGACCCUUGUUGAUGAAACGUUGAAAGGCGUGCUUCAAUGCCGCGAUCCGGAUCGCCUUGCAGCUCUCUGUGAUCGUUUCGUUGAUUACUCUGUCCAGUGUCCCGAACUUGCUCUUGAGUGGCUACCAGCCAUGGCUGCACUUGUUAAUCCUUCCCAGCGCGGCAGUGGUGUUGGCAUCUCAUCCUCAGUUGCCUCUUCAGGUGUCCAGGGUUUUAAUUCUGAGAUAGGUAGCCAGUUAGAUGAUCCAUUGGGAUGGGAUAACCUCGCUUCGCUGAUUGGAACCCUUUUAGUUCAUCAUUGCAUCGACACGGAGAAGCUCUUCGAUAAACUCAUCAAUCCCGCCCUUGCUCUUGGCCUUGAUCAGAGCUCCGCACCCAUUGAUUCACGCUCCGAGCCUACCGUUCGUCUUGCAUGCCACAUUCUUCAUCGACUCUUCACAGUAGAGACGACAACACAGGAAGGGCAACCUUCCUCCUUCAGAGUAUCGGAACCCUCUCUUCUCUUCAGUGCGCUUCGUCGUGUGAACUAUGCCCUUUUUAUAGACACUCUGAAGAUGCUAAUGAUUCACAGUAAUAAAGGAAAACCAUUGGAGUUGCUCGAUGAAGCUGGAGAGGACGGGAGCGCUGCAGGUUCGGACGAUAACUCGUCAGACAAUGAUAGGGACUCUGAACGAGAGACAGAUGAUGGUCCCGCUGACAUCUCUCUUGAUCCGGCCGACGGGUUUGAUUUGAUGGAUGGUCCACCGGUCUCAAAGAACAAGCGCAAACGGCGCCGAGUGCACUUAGCAUCGUCGAAAAAUAAGCGGCGGCGUGGAGCUAAUGCACGACGUAGCACUUCUGGAGCAAAUUUACUGAACAUCCGCCGUAAGAAUCGCCUUGCUAGUUCAAUCCACCAGAGUACCUGUGCCUUUCUCACUACUGGUCAGCCACCUAGCGACUCUGAGUUGAGAGAUAUGUCGCUUCGCGACUUUGCGCACCUCGUGUUGCGUGAGAUUUGUGCUACACCAUGGGUACGGGAGUACUUCUACCUUAUAUCGACACGCUUACUGCAAGAAAACGUCUUAAUUGAUAAAGUAAUUUCGAGUAAUCAGACCCGCUUUCUCCUACAUAUCAUCUAUCAUCCACACGAUGUAAAGUGGGUCGAUUUGGCUGCCACUUCGGACAACAUAGCCGAGGCAAUGCUCUCGCUGAUCUCUAGCGUCAACGUUUGGUCUCUGCAUGCAACACUGAUGGAGCUAAAUCUCCUCUGCCGUCAAAUCUCUUUUACUUCCUCGAAGGAGGCCUUGGAUCAGGUAGCUAAUCGAAUUGUUACGGGCUUCAAUGAGCAGGCGCUAGCUUAUUUAAAACCCACCCAAAUGGGUGCAUUUUCGACCUCGAAUUUUGGCGAGCAGUUACCUGAGGCUCUGCCGGAUAUUGAAAUCCCCGAAAGCGAUAAUAGCUGGCUUCUACCCUCUCUAAUUGCAAAGUUACCACAUGAACUCAAAAUGCAGAUUGUUACCAAGACUUGUGAUAUACUUAAUGGGAUCAAACUCUUCUGGCGGCAUAAGAACGACGAAGAUCAGGAGCGCAUAGUAAUGCAACACUCUAUUCUUCUUGCUCAUCCUGUCUUCUCCUCUAUUCUCCACGUCUGCAUGGAGACCGUGGACCCACUAGAGCGCCUCUAUGAGCAGCUGGAGUACUUUGUCUCAGGUGUUAGGGAGACGCGUGAUCGGAUGCCUGAGAACUUACGCACAAGGCACAUUCUACAGGAGUGUCUAGCCCUUCGCCUUUCGCUUCUAGGCAUUUGUCUCUCUUCUAUGAACCUCACCACAGAUCGUCUGGUCAGUGGGGCUCUUAUUCUGGCCCAACUCAUUGGGUUCGGGGUUACGGAACCCCAUUCCAAUCGGACCCUCUUUUUCACUUGCCUUGACAUGCUCCACAGUUUAGUGCACAAUCUGGCGGCUCAGGUGGGUCCUGACAAUCCCCAGUACCAGAAUCUGGCCAAGAAAGUUCGGAAAAAAUUGGCUGAGCGCCAUUUUACCGUUGGGAUAGAGUAUAUCCGGCCACUUCUCUUCAUUGGUCGCACUGGCUAUCCCUUCGUGGCUGUGACACCCCUUGAUGGCACCGCAGGGUCGGGUAAUCGUGGCGAUGGCGGAGGCGGAGCAGGGAAGCUAGGUGGGUCUUCGAAAUUUGCUUCCUUCAAGUCGAGUGGAAAGUCAGGUGGGGCGAAUACAUCAAGGUACAGUGGAGGUGGCGGAAGUGGCGUUGGGAGUGGGUCCACUUCAGCCACCACCAAUUCUGGAAAUAAUAACGGAACCCCAUCCUCUGGAGGUGGUGGUGUAAAAACCUUUACUCGCAAACGGGGAUAUGCUUUUGUGAGUCGUGAUCGUUUUGCACCAUGGGAGAUUUAUGACGUUAAUCGACGAUCAACCUUUCUUGCUAUGUGUGGAGCCGUUCAAGUACCAGCUACUCAGUCUCGAGAUGAGGAACAGGCCAAUAUUUUGAUGAGUCACGAACACCCGAUCACUCACCGAAGGUCGGAGGAGUUCUAUCUCCAGUCACUCUUUCACGAAGCUGAGUCUCUUGCUUCUUCCACAUCCACAACAGCCGCACCUUCUCCUUCUUCAAUUGACUCCUCAUCCAAGCAAUUCAUUCUUGGAUCCGUUCCGUCGAUGAAGCGGCAUUCGGGCAUCGAGGGCAUGCCAAGACGUAUGACUCAACAAAAUCAACGUUUAUCGAAGCCUGAAGACCUAAUCUACCGCCAACAGCAGCAACAAGCGCCACCACAACUAUCGCUGCCUCCGACUCAAAUGCGCAUGCAAGCUCCGUCCCAACAGUCAACUAAACGUAAGCGAAAUCGAGCAACAGCUCAACAGCAAGAAGAGAUGCUGUUGCCUCCUCCUCCUCCUCCUCCGCCACAGAUGUACCACCAGGGCAUGUAUCCUCCCCCGCAAACUUCUUCAGCAAUGGCUGUAGCUCAGGCUGCCGAAUCAGUAGCUGCAGCUACUACCACAACGGCGCCUACUGCAGUGACGGGAAAGAGAAAACGCAUGACUGGAAUUGUGGGUGGUGGUGGUGGUGGUGGUGGUGCAGCGGCAGCAGCAUCGGGUUCAUCAAUGCGACGUGGUGUGGCACCUCCACCGAGGAGUUAUGACAAUGGUGCAAUCCCAAUCCCAUCGCAGCAACAAGCCUGGGGUGGGAGUAGGACGUCAUCUGCUGCUGGUGGUAGCGGUCGAGUGCCUACUCAGCGCCAAAAUUUGUCGGAUUUUGUACAAAAUCAAGUCAAAGCUCAACACAAGGCAGCUCAGCAGCAGCAGAUGGCUGCUGCGUUUGCAGCUGGAGUUAUGCCCAUGGAGGAACAGUUCUCACAGCAACAACAGCAGCAAGAUUCCAGAUUCAGGGGAGGAGGUGGUGGUGGCGAACCAAACUUUGGUUUCUCCGAGAUGAUGCCACCUCAAUCUUGUACUGGUGGGCCUUUUGUUCCUGACUUUGCUAACAUGGACUCUCAGCUGCGACAUCAGCGUCAGCAGCGAUAUAUGGGGAGCAGUAACCAGUCACAACAGGUUGUACCUGAUCCCCCACCUUACCCUGGUCGUCCCCAGGGCACCAAAGCCCCUCCACCCCAGCCACCACCGCCACAGAUGAUGAUUCAGAUGAUGAGCUCUUCGACAUCCGCUCCUGCUCCUUCCAUGUCGACCUCGGCGAUGGUGGGAGAAACAAUAACGCAGGCCCAACAUCGAGGUUAUAUUAUGUCCUCAACACAGUCCUCCAAUUCUGCGUUUAUGGGCGAAACACCUCGUGCUGCACCGCCUCCACCUCCGCCUCAUUUCUCCCAUCUCUAUGACACCACUAGUAGUGGAGGUGGUGAAUACCGUUGA